AUGGGGCUGCGGAAGUCGAAGCCAGUCCAGCCGGCGGAGCCUGAGGAGCCCAGCCUCCUGGAGCAGAGCCUCGGGGAGGUCGCCUUUCUGCUGGGGCAGCAGCAGCUGGCCGAGGCCGGCGACGCCUUCUUGCGAAGCCUCAAAGUGCUUGAGGAGCAGAAGGAGAUCAGCGGCAAAGAGCUGGCUGCGCUGAGCACCGUGCUGCCUGCGGCCUUCACAGCCUUGGCUUGGGAGUCCCCUCCGCUUGGCCGGCCGGCCGUGCAGCUGGCAUUCGGGGCCUCGGCACUGGUGGCGAGGGUGGCGACGCUCGCGCGUGACCAGCCAGAAGCGCUUCAGAGCACCGUCCUUGACCUCCUGCAGCUCUGUGGCGCGUAUAUGUCCAGCGCAUGGUAUCCUGGAAGCCCGCUCGCGUACCAGACGAUCGACAACAACCGGUAUGUCCUUUUGCUGGGGGAGAUCAUGUCUCAGGUCCUCGAGCUGCCGCUGGAGCACCGGCAGGUGUGGGGAGAGCUGGCCGCCAGAUGUUCCACGUCGGAUCUUUGGACCUCCCAGUUCUUCCUGCAGCAGCUGCAAAGCCUCAUGACGGUGUGGCCCUUGCUGUCCGUACCCACGGCCACCAUGCUCAGCGGGGCCUUGCUCGCUUCCUGUGAAGACACCUCCCGGUUCGCUGCAGGGAACCAGCUCCUGGAGCGUGUGCUCCGCUUCCAGCAGGCCUGGCCAAAAGAUGCCCAGGGCUGGGAGUGGCAGCGGCCGGCACUGGUGCUGCUGGCCUCUGGGAGACCCAUGGCGCCGGCCCACAGUUUGGCGACCUUCUUCUUGGCUCGCCUUCCUGCAAGCACAGCGUUGAGCACAGCGGUGACAGCUCUGAGCGCUUGCCUUGCACGAGAUUCCGGGUUCUACGCGCAGUGUGCCUUCACUGCCUUCACCGGAGCUCAGGGUCCUGUGCCCUCCUUGGAGAUCGUCUCUGGGCUUUGCGAGACGCUUUGCUUGGAACUCCUGCCUGUGCACUUCUUGGACAUGUCCGUCGCAGACCUCGAGCGCGAGCGGCGCACUGCUCUCCGACAGGUCUUGGUGCCCAGAUUCUGUCUGGCAAUUGGGAGGUGCGCUGCGGCUUUGCCAGAAGAAGCUCAAGUGGCCAGGUUGGCAGAGCAUCUGGAGCAUUGGGCGAUGGCCGUGAGUUUACACGCGGCGAGUGGAUCGUCGCAGCCUGCGAGGCGCUGGUUCACCUUCUCCGUGUUCUUCGCUCUCUCCACCAUAGCUCGAGAGGCCGACAUUCAGCAGCUUGCACCCCGAGUGCUACUGAAGCUUCUGCGGGCAAUGAGCUGCGUCGACAUGCUCCGGGAAGACAGUCAGGAGUAUCGGGCCAUGUGCUUGAGCAUCGUUGAGUCUGGUUGUGCCCGGGAGGAGGGUUUCCGGUUGGAGCUGCUGAGCACUCUCCGGGAGCUGGAAGCUAACGCAGUUUCCGCAAGAGAGUCUUCCGGUGCACCCUUGCUUGCGGCCAGCUCGAGACUUCACUUCUGGCUAGGGAUGCUGGCAAACGAAGUCGUGAUCAAGCACCCCAUGUUUACGACCAUUUGGCCAGCCUUGGUGCGCAUGGCCAGGGCGGGAGAUGCCGUCGCCUCACGGUCGGUGGCUUUGGCUGCGAUGACCUUCACCCAGGGAGGCCGCGGCCAGCGCGAUGGAGCAGACGUCGAGGCCAUCCUGGAAGCUGGCCUGGAUGGCUUCGCAGCAGCCGAAGGCGAAGCCAUGCUGAAACCCCUGCAUGUUCUGGUGGAGGCGGUCACCUCUCAGGACCUGGACUUUUCAAAAUCAAUAAUAGAUUAA